CACUUGGCGAACCGAGGCAAGGAAGGAGAACAGAUUGUACAGCGGAGAGAAAUGAGGGAUAUUCGCUCCGGCUUUUAAAGGUUACCUCUACAUUGACUCCCUGUUUGACCCCUCCGGUUCCCCUCUGUCUGAAUGGCAUGAUGGGGUAAAGAUUGUCGUUGACUGCGGAGCCCCACACACCUGGAGCCUCACCUUCACUCUCACCUGAGAACAGGUGGUGAAUGUUGGCACCAUGCACGGACCUCGAAGGAAGUUGAAGGUCUUUGUGAUGACUAUGAUGACCCUAUUCAUCUUCAUUGUGGUAGAAGUAUCAAGAAGCACUGGCCAGGAUAAGAACAGCAGGAGCAAAGUUAGAGUCCCCACAAAGCCGUUCUGGAGAAAACAGACCCCGCAUGAUGCUUACUGGAAUCUCCAACAGCAGAAACUGGACCAUCAGAACAAUCCCAUCCUGAAUGGACCAAACAUGACAUUUAGCAACAGCAGGUUGCCAGAGUGGUUAAACGAAACGUCGCUGAAUAACUCCUGUGAGCCGGAUUUUAUAGUCACUACACAAGUGAAGGAUUUCAGCUCCCUUCCAGACCGGUUUAAAGACUUUUUGCUGUACAUGCGAUGCAGAUCCUACCCCAUGGUAGUGGACCAGCCAGAAAUAUGCAAAGAUCCACCAUUCCUCCUCCUGGCCAUCAAGUCAUUGGCGCCCCACUUUGACCGGCGCCAGGCAAUACGAGAGUCCUGGGGUCGAGCUGGUCUCAUGGCGAACAAAACUGUUGUUACCAUUUUUCUUCUUGGUAAUGCCACCAGUGUGGAUAACUUCCCAGACUUAUCACACCUGUUACAUUAUGAGAGCUCCAGGUAUGGAGACCUCCUCCAGUGGGACUACAGAGACUCCUUUUUCAACCUAACCAUUAAAGAGGUGCUUUUCCUUGAGUGGGUCAACACUCGCUGUUCCGAAGCUAGCUUCAUAUUCAAGGGCGACGACGACGUUUUUGUCAACACGCUACACAUUAUCAAUUACCUUAAGGGCCUCUCACCUGCCAAGGCGCAGGAUCUGUUCGUCGGGGAUGUCAUCACCAAUGCUGGUCCUCACAGAGACAAGAAAGUAAAGUACUACAUCCCUGAGAGCAUGUUUGUUGGAUCAUAUCCUCCUUAUGCAGGUGGUGGAGGUUACCUGUACUCAGGACAUGUGGCCAAGAGGCUCCACGGCAUCAUGGGCCAGGUGGUCCUCUAUCCCAUCGACGACGUCUACACAGGCAUGUGCCUGAGGAAGCUGGGGCUUGCUCCGGAGAAGCAUAAGGGCUUCCGCACCUUCAAUAUCGAGGAGAAAUUUCGUAACAACCCAUGUGCCUAUAAGAGCUUGAUGCUGGUCCACCCAAGAACUCCACAAGACAUGAUUAAAAUCUGGGCCUGGCUCAACGAUCCAGCCUUAAACUGUCAAUAGAUUCCACAUGGUGCCUUUCAGCAACCUCAGGGUUGCUAGGUGUUGGCAGCUUACACAUUAUUAUUAUUAUUAUUAUUAUUAUUAUUAUUAUUAUUAUUAUUAUUAUUAUUAAUAAUUGAUAUGAUUGUCUAAUAGCUUUUGGCCUGUACGCAUGCCUUGUGUCUGAGCUGAUCUAAGCUGCUGCAGAGAAAGUAGCAAUUUGUAUUUUAAACAUAACGUUAACCACAAAUGUCUUUGAUAGUGUUACACAAAACCAGUUGCUGUACCACAGAAGCUAGAAACAACAGAAUCAUGGGAACUGUAGUUCAGCUGGCCUGUUCACACAGUUGAGCGUAUACUAUAAGUUAUUUUAUGUGUCUAGGUUGUUAGAUAAGUUGGGUAAAUGCUGUUAUUGCACUACCUAUUUUUUAUUAAGUGGGCGUCAAUUAAGGAUUAAGAAAUGCAAAAGCCACAUAAAAAAACAUUUCCACAUGAAUAAUGUAUUGCAAAACCAUUGAUCGCUGCCUUGUCAGUGCCUGUAUUAUCAAUGCUGACCACUUUAGCUUAUGCGUAUAUGCAUUGGUCAUUGUGUUGCUACUGUUUGAGUUGCUGCUCCAAAAGAGUAAGACAUGUAGUAUCCUGAAAGUGCAUUGCAAUUCCAUCGUAGUAAUCAGAUCCAUGAAAUUAGGUCAGCGAAUUAGUAUUGUGGGUCACAUAAUUCUCUGAUUAGCUGUCGACACUGAUGUUAAGUGGAACUAUUAUGUAAGUUAUUUAUCCAUUUGCACAAUUAAAUGGUUAUUCCAUUAAGAAGUAGAUUUCCUAACGGACUAAAAUGAUUAUUGCUGUAAAUGUUUUCAACGGUCCUGUAGGUGUGUCCAGCCAAAGUGCAUCAGCUUUCUGUGAGAUCAAAUCGUUCACCUCUUUCAAUCGAAGCAGUCGGAGCCAAAAUGUGAUAACAUAGCCAGCUUUACGUGAGGCAUGCUGGACAGGCCACUGUUCCCCAUGUUCCCUCACAGGAGAGCGGACUUGGAAGCAUUUCCCUCUUAUCGUUACAGUGUUCUUCUUUCGGUGCCCAACGUAGAUGCUUUGGAAAGCUGUUAUGACUUGAUUAAAGAGUAAGAUGUGAGGAAUAGGGCUUGUGUAAUGGUGGACUGUUGUCUGAAGUAGACGCUGCCUUUUGUUCAUUAGAUUUGACAAACGACAGAACCAGGGAAUCAAGGACCUGGCGCCCCUGUUGAUGGCAGUCUUUUUUCACUAAGGAAUAACACAAAGUGGGUGGUGAGUUGGGGGACUAGUCAUGUUACAGCAACACCUGCUGGCUAGGUGUUGGAAGCACACCUAUUUUUUUGUAUUAGAGUUAUUUUAAUAAACACUGGAUCCAUGUUUUGUAAUAUGACAGGCAGAUAACGUGAGAUGUUACGCGUCGAGACGUCGCUGCACUGCUGCCUUUCUGGUUUUAAACAUCCUUCCUUUUCUUUGAAAGUUCUGUUGAUUUUCCUCCUCACUGCUCAACAUAAAACCAAAUAUUGCAGACUGUGCCUGCUAGCUGUAGAAGUAGCAUCGAAACUUAUGUUUACAUGACUAGACAAAAAAAAAACAAUCAAACUGAAAGGUAUUUAUUUAUCAACCUGAAGCAGAUCAUUCGGACCCCGUUAUUUCGCACAGUAUGAAGAGAGAAGGCCCUGGGCAGGAUCUCGGACUGUCUCAAAGGACUUCUUUCAAGGGUUAGUGGUGCACCGGGUGGUGUGUUUCAUGGGUCCUCAAGCAAAAGAACACUCAAAAAGCCCCAUCACUCAUCAUUUUCCUGAACGCUUUUCAAUACAGACCAAAGUUCAGACCCUGUUGCUUGUGAAUAUCUAGGUGUGUUAAAUUACGUUCAUACAGGAUAUCCUCCGCGGCCGUGUAAGGCCAAAGGUUGAUUGUAAGAAACAGCUCUUUUCCGUCCUCUGUGCCUUCUAAGAUCUCCUAAGUGUCUUUCUCUCUAGACUCUGUCACUUUGAUGUUGCUUUAAAAUGUACAAUAAAGCUUGUAGACGCAGUCACGUCUGUGCAAAGGCACAAUUAUGCUGUUUAUCAAAAUGACUCAGGUCUUCGUUUGCUGUAGCUGUAAUUACAUAUUGACCAAAAUCAAAGUGUUGCCUAUUUUAAGUGUGUGCCACAAAGCAACUUGUAAUCUUUGCAAAAAUUAUAUAAGAUCUAUAAGUAGAGUUGUGUACAAAGCUAAUUUUAUAGUAGUCCUACAAUAGAAAGAUAUUUUGACGAAAGUGUGCCUGCGUUUUAUUGUGCUCUGUCUCUGUUGCUGGGCUGUGUUUUGUAAAUUAUAAUGCACAUUCUUUUUGUGUGUGUGUGUGUGUGUGUUUCUCUGUUGAUCUAAAUAAAAUAAACCUUAAUUUUGUUUUUUGUA